UCGCUCGCUCGGGCGCUCUCUCUAGCUCUCCUUUUCUUACUUGUCGUGUUGAAUGCGGUCAGCGGAAUGCUCUGCUCCGUUUCCAUGUUGAUUACAUGAAACAUAAUGGAUAUCCUGGGACACUUACAAUGGACCUCAAUAGGCUAUUGAAGGUCUUCCCGGGCAUAGCGUUAACAUGGGUUUGCUUCCUGGUAGCAACGUGCUGUGUUAAGCUGACCGAUGCGAGGAUAGGCUACUUCUGGCACAUAACGGAUUUACAUCUGGAUACGUACUACACUACCAAGGGUGAUAUCUUUCGCAGUUGCUGGCUUAACGAGCAUCAUUCGAACACGGCUAGCGCCAAACGGCCGGGACUGUACGGAGAUUACAUGUGCGACAGCCCAUGGAGCCUGCUGGAAUCCGCCACGCAAGCCAUGAAGUCCAAGCAAGGUGAUAACGUCGAGUUUGUCCUGUGGACUGGUGACGGUCUUUCCCAUUCUGCCAAGCGAAUGCACGAAACCAAGCGAUUGGACGUGCUGCGUAACAUUACGGAGCUGAUGAGCCGAACGUUUCCGUCACAGUUUGUGUUUCCGGUGCUUGGCCAUGAGGAUGGUAGUGCCAACUUCGAGCAGCUCGGAGAUCUCUGGCGCCACUGGUUGCCACUGGAAGCGCUACAAACAUUCGAAAAAGGCGGUUACUAUACCAUAGAACAGACGAAGAGCAGGCUAAGAAUAAUAGCUUUAAAUACGAACUACAUGCGACACGACGCCAAGUACUCGCAGUCGCACUCGUCGGCGGUAAAGCAGCGGCCAGACGGCUCCUACCACUACCCAGCGGGCGGCCACUACGGUGACCAUCAUACGGGCAAACAUUAUCACGCCCGGGAAGGUAGCUCUUCCGGGUAUCUGUACAGUGACCGGCGGAACGGAUAUAGUAGCAGUAGCAACGUAGCGGACAGUGGUAUCGGUGGCCACGCCAGUGCAUUAUCGGGAUCAAGCAGCCACGAGUCGGAAAAGCAGUGGGAGUGGCUGGAGGAGGUUCUAGCAAAGUCGAGUAGAAAUAAGGAAACUGUAUAUAUCGUAGGACACAUACCACCAGGCUCGGACGAGCGCCACAUUGGCCACACGAUCCCGUUCGGGCAUUCCAGCUUCACCGAGAAGAACAACGUGCGCUACCUGCGGCUGGUGAAGCGAUACUCAUCGAUCAUUCAGGGACAGUUCUUCGGACACCUACAUUCGGACUCGUUUCGAGUGGUUUAUAAUGAAGUUGGCAAACCCGUCUCCUGGAUGAUGAUUGCUCCAUCGAUAAGCCCACGGAGAAGCAGCGAGUCCAACAAUCCCGCCAUGCGGCUGUACAAAUUCGACACCGAUACAGGGCAGGUCUUAGACUACACGCAGUACUAUCUAGAUUUAGAGCAGGCGAACAAACUAGAGGAAGCGGUGUGGCAGCCGGAGUACAACCUUACCACCUACUACUACGGUCUGAGCGAGGUGUCAUCGUUGGCCCUCCACAAUUUGGCCGAUCGCUUCAACAACGCGGACGACGUGCAGUUCAUGAAGUAUUACAGGGUGAACUCCGUGCGCCACGCUACCAGCACCUGCGAAGGUGUCUGCCUGCUCAACCACUACUGUGCCAUUACCAGGCUGGACUAUCGCGAGUUUCGCAGCUGCCUGGAAACGGCGGCCAAAGCGAUGGCAUCGAAAAAUGGCAGCCCCAGCGGACUGUUCGUAUCGACGCUCGCCUUCAACCGGUUGCUCAUGGCCCUCCUACCGGCCCUGCUGAUGAUGAUGUUCCUGCCCGUGUGGAGCAGCACCGUGUCAGUGGAUACGGCAAGCCGGAACGCUUUCGGUGGCCUACUCAUCGGUGCACUUCGCCCCUCCGCUUACAUCGUCUCCUGCUGGCACUCUGCAACGGGCUGGAUGAUGGCGAUUGGUCACGGUAUCUUUAUCGUACUUGGGACCGUGUGGACCACCGUCUGCAAAGCGUCAGCGGUACUGCUAGUAAGUGCAUUUUCCUGUUUUUUUGUGUGUUUGUCUGUACGACAAGGUGGCGAGAUAGUUAAGGGCAGGAUAAAACGUGAACUGAGAGCUUCUUCUAAGACGGUGGGUGUUAGUUGUGCUAGUAAAGGUUUGCAUUAA